AUGCAUAUGCCGUGCUGCAUCCCUCCCUGCCACAUCAUCCCCAUCAUUUGCUGCUACAUCUGGAGCAUACCUCCCCGCCCCCGGCGUUGGCUGCUCGCCGCUCCCCUGGCUCCCCCGUCCCCCGCCCGGCAUCCCCCACGGUAUAUGCCCCCUGGUUCCCCCCUUGCAUCCUCCCCGGCGCUCCCGCCAUCAUCCCCAUCAGCUGCCCCCAAGGGGCCGUUAAACCACAGGCCCAUCUGCAGCCCAUGGCCCGUCGGAUCCGAGAUGCCAGAUGGGCGUAUGAAAGCAUCGUUGCCCGGCCCUGUGCUCGUUGUUGUUGUCCAUGCUCGAUGA